CACAACAUGCCCAUUGUGCGAAAACGUCGCGCUCCCGCCGCGGACGACGUCUCUGAAGACGAAGCACCCACGCAGCGCCGUCGGAUAUCGCCAGAGUCUGAUGACGAUGAUAUCGCCGAAGACUUUGAGGAUGCGACACAAGGCGGCGCCGGCCAGCUCAACCAGAUGGCAAAGAAGCUGGUACGGCUAGCGCUGGCUUGCGAAUACUCUCGGCAGCCGAUCAGAAGGGCAGACAUCAGCACAAAAGUGCUCGGCACCCAAGGCAGGCAGUUCAAAAACGUCUUCACGGAGGCGCAAAUGCAGCUGCGCGCCGUCUUCGGGAUGGAGAUGACGGAGCUGCCCAUGAAGGAAAAGGUGACGCUGGCGCAGCGGCGCGCGGCGCAGAAGGCGGAAAGGACCAGCACGACAACCAACAGCUGGGUGCUCACCACGACGUUGCCAGACAAGUACCGCCAACCCACCAUCAUCCCGCCGGCCAAAGUGCCCACGCACAGCCAGGAAGCCGCCUACACCGGACUGUACACCUUUAUGAUCACGGCGAUAUUACUCAACGGCGGCACAAUCCAAGAAGCGAAGCUGGAUCGCUACCUCAAGCGCACCAACACGGACCAGACGACCCCGGCGGGACAGACGGACAAGGUUCUCGCGCGCCUGUGCAAGGAGAACUAUCUCAUCAGAGUCAAGGACAAUUCCAGCGGCGAAGAAGUUAUCGAAUACGCCGUGGGGCCGCGCGGCAAGGUCGAAGUCGGUGAAGAGGGCGCCGCCGGCCUCGUCCGCAAGGUGUAUGGCGAAAACGCGCCGGAGGACCUAGAGCAGCGGCUGGAGAGGAGCUUGGGGCUCGCGCAGAGCCGAGAGCGCGCGCAGGCGGCCGUGGUAGCGAACGGAGCUGCGGCGGGGAGAGGGAGAGGGCGGCCCAGGAGGCAGGAGACGCAGGAGGAGGAACAGCAGCAACAGGAGCAGCAGGGCGAGGACAGCAGCGACGAGGAAUGAGUGAGUGCUUUUUUGCUCUCCGACGAGACACAAGUCCCAUCUGGGCGCGGCGCAGGGCGUUUGGGAGACGGGGUGGGUAGGACGACACGGUCUCGGCGGCGCGGUAUAUCCAUGGCACCUAUCGACUAUAAACGCUAACCUUAGUUACUACUACAACGGAGCACACGAAUAUUGAUUGCACAUCCAUCCA